AUGGCCACAGACCCUUGCUCUGAAUAUGAAGUGAUCAUCGUCGGAGGUGGGACAGCCGCUGGAGUGAUUGCGGGUAGGCUGGCGGCGGCGGACCCAAACCUGCGGAUUCUCGUUCUCGAAGCCGGUCCACACACGAAGGACCAGCUGAUCCACACGCAGCCGGCGCGUUAUCUCGCUCACCUCGCUCCAACUAGCACGACCGUCAAGUUUUAUACGGGCAGUCCCAGCGACCAUCUCGACGGUCGACAGCCGGUGGUGCCCUGCGGUGCCUGCCUCGGCGGGGGAUCGAGCGUGAACUUUGCGAUGUAUACUCGCGCGAGUGCUUCGGACUACGAUGAUUGGAAGUCUAUCUAUGGGAAUCACGGGUGGGGAUCGGACGAUCUAAUCCCGCUGUUGCGUAAAACGGAGUCUUACCAGGUCGCUGAAGGCAAACCUACUCAUGGCUACGAUGGCCCCUUAAAAGUCUCGUACGGCGGAGUGUUCACCAGUAUCGGACAAGAGUUUCUCUGUGUCGCAUCUGCGUACGACUCUAAUCGUCCCAUUCUCGAAGAUCUCAACACGCUUACCGUCGGCAAUGGAUACGGGGGGACCCGCUCCGAUGUCCCUCACCACUUUUUGUACAAUCAGUCGCAUAACAACAACCUGGUCAUCGAGACAGGGUGCCUUGUCCGUCGUGUCCUUUUCGAGUACGUUCCCGAUCUCGUGACGCAAGACUGCAAACUCGUCCGAGUCGCACACGCCAACCGGCUCGUCGUCGUAUCCUCUGGCACCAUGGGAUCCCCGCAAGUUCUCGAACGUUCUGGCAUUGGUCGCAAGGAUGUGCUGGAUAAGGUUGACGUGGAACAGAUCGUGGAUUUACCAGGAGUAGGCAUGGCUUAUCAAGACCAUCAGGUCAUUUUCGCCCCAUAUCUGGCGCCGGAUACCUGCGAUACCUUAGAUGGUAUCGUACGAAGUGAUGAAGCAGAGCUCAAGAGGUGGGACACUAUUUGGGAGAAGGACGGAAAAGGGUUGAUGGCGCACAAUGCACUGGACGCCGGUGGCAAGUUGCGCCCUACCAUGGCGGAGUUGAAAGAGAUUGGCCCAGCAUUCGAGAAACGGUGGAACGCAUACUUCGCCACGGAUGACCAUCAGGACAAACCCGCGUAUUGGAUUGGUGCGGUUGCGUUGUUGGUUGGAGAUCCGAGUAAGAGCCCAUACAGGAAAUAUUUUUCUGUCGGUUACUUCAUUGAGUAUCCCUCUUCCAUGGGGCAUAUCCACAUCACGUCGAAGGACAGUGUCGAUGCUGCACCCGACUUUGACCCUGCAUACUGUAGCAGCCAAGACGACUUGGACCUUUUAAACUUCCUUUAUAAAAAAUCUCGUGAAUUCGCGAGGCGGAUGCCAUCGUAUCGUGGAGAGCAUCCUCAAGGGCAUCCGCAAUUUCCAGAAGGCAGCAAGGCCGCUGUAUCCGACACGGGAACACCUGUCCCGAUGGAUGCUCCGGAUAUCCAGUACGACGAAAGAGACGAGGACGCUAUACGGAAAUACACCCGGGCGACAGUUGCGACAGCAUGGCACUCGUUAGGGACGUGUGCGAUGAAACCUCGUGAGGACGGAGGGGUCGUCGACGCUGAGCUCAACGUGUAUGGGACGGAAUGCCUCAAAGUGGCCGAUAUGUCGAUCGCUCCCGGCAACGUCGGAGCGAACACCUAUUCCACCGCGCUGGUCAUCGGAGAGAAGGCGGCGCUGAUUAUUGCUGAGUACCUGGGGAUUGAGGGCGUAUAG